AGACUUGAGACUUGUUUGUCAGCUCAGCUGUUUAAUUUCCUUUACAAUCUAUCUAAUACUAUAAAGACAUCCAAUUGGCUGCCAGUUUAGAAAGAGAAAGCUAAAUGCUGCUUCAAUGACAAGGGAAGGAGGCGGGCAACCCAAUCCAAACGCGCGCACACACUCUGUCUGUCUGUCUAUCUGAUUAAAGAAAGAAAGAAAGAAAGAAAGAAUAGAACAAGUGAAGCUUGUUCCUUCCUUUAUCUCUCCAAUCCAAUCCAGUCCAUGAGUCCAGUCCAGUGAAAGCACAAAGCGCGCGCACACAAGCUCAAGCUGAGGCAGUCUCACAGCUCGCUGCAUGCAACACUCCUCUCCGUCGCCUACCUUGCUUGCUUGCUGCUACUCAGGUAGCUGGAGGUGGUGGAUUGGAUCAUAUAUAUCGGAGUAACAACAAUUAGCAUACGAUUGAGGAGAGCCAUGAACAAGGCGUACGGCCAGGGCGACAGCCCCUACUGCUGCUUCCACCCAAGGGAGCUCGUCGUCGGCGUCUGCGCCCACUGCCUCAAGGACCGCCUCCUCCUCCUCCUCGCCACCGCCACUCACGCCGACGCCUCCUCGCGCUCCUACAUCUACACGCCCGCCCUCCGCCGCAAGACCAGCAGCCUCACCCUCCCCAAGGUCUUCGCGCUCGGCUCCUCCUUCCUCCAACGCCUCGACUCCCGCCAUCACCGCCCCGAUCACGCCAACUACUCCGACGACACCUCCGUCGCAAGCCUCGAUGAUUCCUUCAUCUCGAUCAAGUUCGAGGACAACGGCAAGGCGACAUGGGACAACCACAAGACCAGCGUCGCCACGAAGCCGGUGGAGUCUGCGGUGAGAUCGUCGUCGUCCUCGACGGUGGUGGUGGCGGAGCACGUGAAGCGGGGCAGCGUGACGCGGUGGCGCAAGCAGGUGGUGGGGCGACUGCUACAGCUGGCGCGCUGGAAGAGGUCCGCGGCCAAGGCGGGCGGCGGCGCCGCGUGCCACGUCGGGCUGGACGGAAAGAAGGCGGCAGCGGAGCGGUCCAAAGCGAGGGGGAGAGGCUGGAUCCGGAGCCUCACCCGGCGACGCGCCGCCGCGGCGCACGGUGAGCGGGCAUGGUCGUGAGCUCAGCUCUAUCCAUCGAUGAAUCCAUCUGCAGAAAGCUGUUUGGACUUGGAGCAACUAUUAACGUGUGUGAGUGAGUGCUUCCGAUCUGUUCUUUCUGUUUUGUUUGUGCGUAGCGAUCACAUAUAUAUACCAACCAUAUACAUAUAUCGAUAUAUAUAUAGUAGCAAAGAGCUGAGAGUAUAAUAAUGGCAGCAUUCUGCAUGAUGCUGAUCAGAGAUCAUGAUUCUUGAGAUCUUAGCUUGUUUCAUGUGUGCUGAAAAAGAGAGAAGAAGACGAGGGGAGGGACUACUUCUGCUUGUACUCAUCCAUAUGUGCUGCUUGUUCAUGAACUGUUUUCUUACUCUGAAUUGCCUGUAAAAAUUGAAUGAACAAGCUGAAGGUGCUUUUCUU